AUGGUGUAUGUAGGUUGUAUUCAAAAUCCUUGGACACUCGUCAAAACGCUCACAGUGACGUUAGACACGAACCCAAGAUCUUCAUAUGGUGAUUGGGUUGAUGAUUCCGGAAACUUGCGGUAUGGUAUGGUAUGGUAUGGUAUAUUUCCUGGCAUGCGGAGAUCUUCAUCUUCUUCCUAUCUUGGGCUGCCAUUAAACACGGACACAGGGCACAAUAUUGACCAUUUCCAAUAUGGCUGCAACAUGCAAAGACGACACAGUUACACUCGACGCCGCAAUGCUGCCGUCGGUCCGUCACUGCACUCAUUAUCAAUUACUGCACGUUCAGCAACGACCACCGGUAUUGUUGUUGUUGUUGUUGCCACUGUUGGUGUUGUUGCUGUUGUUGUUAUUGUUGGCGUUGUUGCUGGUGUUGUUGUUGGAAGAGUUGUUGUUGUUGCCGGAUUGAGAGGACAUUCUGUCACGUUGUGGACUCGUGUAGAGAAAUCCUAUAAAUAA